CACGGAUGGGUCUCUGCUAUACCGUCUCUGAAGGACGAGUAGUGACUCCAAUCCAUUUGAUUGGACACAAGGUUGAUAUGCGCAGGGUGACAGGAAACACACGGUGUAGUGCGUAUUUGGCUGCUCUCGAAUUGCUGUUAAUAUUCUGCCGUCAUCAUAUCUCCUAGAGUAUCCUCUCCUAUUGCCCGACGUCUAAAGGAUCAUUGGUACAAACAUGCAUGCGGAUAGCGCCUCACCGACCAAUAACAACGAGAGUGUAACAAUGCAACUGCCGACCCCACACCGGCGCUUAACCACGUCAACAUCGAACAAAGCAAAUACACACCCUAAUUCAACCUGAUCCGUAGCCCAUUUAUCGCAUAUGUACCGUAUGAUUCUCCUCCUAAAUCCACAAGCCAUAUGGCACAACUCAACUAUACUAUCCCAAUGUUCCACCUCCGGUCCACAUACACUGGAGUAACAAUCGAUGCAGAGAAAUCCUUCCUUUGCAAAUGUGGCUAUGCCAUGAGGAGGUACACAGUCAAGGACAUGGAGAGUCCCUAUCGGGGAGAACAAUAUCUCGCCUGUAGAAGACACUCCAGAGACAAAGAGCAUUGCAAGAGCUUGAUAUGGCUCAACGAAGCGCCUCAGGUAGAGGAACUUGUUCCGCGCCUUGCUGUCCCACAGACUCCGAAGAAACAGACCGAUAUAAGGGAGUUUUUGACGCCACCGGAAUCGUCAUCUUUGAAGAGGAAGCGGGUGAACAUAGAUCCCGGCAGCUUGGACGAGCUCCCGGGAGAUGAGAUUGAGGAUAGCGAUUUGUCGGACGAGACUCUCGACUCGCCAUCUCAGAGUAGGCAAAGGAUGCUCAGAAAGGAUGGUUCGACACCGGUAGCUCGUUCGCUGUUUGUACGGCAGGGGGAUAUGAAUACUGCGCGGCAUCGACCUCUUCGACGAUUUGGAACUCCGCCGCAUCGAGUCGUGGAGUCGAACACACCACGAAACCCUGAAAUUACUAGCUCUGGGCUGUUGACUCCGGGAUCAGGUGGCCGUGGGUAUAGAAAACGGUGGCUCGGAUUGGAAGCACCGGCCACACCAACUAAGCGGAAUCAUAUAUUUGCCUCUCCAGCUUGCGUCGUGGAUGAUGAUAUUAGUGAUUCGGAUUCAUAUGGCUGGGAUGAGGAACUGACUCUUGCUAUGCUGGAGAAAUCAGACCAGGUAGAGCCAUUGGCAUAGGCUCG